CACACUGCCGAGCGAUUAAAAAGGAGGCAGCAGUAAACAGACGAGAGUAGUCCGGUAUAUCCACGCUUCUCGCUCAUAUCUGCAGACAGGCAAUCUGGCACAGCGAUGGGCAGUUCACGGGGGCCUUACUCGAUGAAGAGAUGUGGUGCAAGAAUUCAGGCACGUUCAGCAGAAUCACCGAGCUAAGGCCGAUACCCUCUCAGCCAGAGAGGGUGCCAGAAAUCGGUGACACGCAGCAGGCCCAUAAAAGAAGAGUCUUUGAAGUGGCCCCCCUUUCUCCCUCCCCAUCUUCCACAGCGAUGCAGGCCCAUCGAUCCUUCUUUCUCAUCUUUCUUCUGCCGGCGCUCGUCGUCUUCGCCUUGAGUCAAGACUCUCUGCGCGGUGGCCUAGUCGACCCUGGAGGCCUGACUUCUCGGCUUAGCAAUGGUGCGCACCAGCCCAAAACGGAUUCGCAUGCGGGGGAAAGGCAUUGCAAACGUGCCAAUACCCACCAUUCAAGCGAUGGAGCCAGCCGGGACGCAGAAUGCUCGAGCGAUGAUACAUCAGAAGGAAUCCGAGUCCAGCCGGUCGUCAUGGUCGACCUAAUCAGGUGCCUCUCCAGCAGAUCCUUUGUGGCGCUAGUGGGUACCGAAAGCGAGGCGCGUCAGUCUCUCACUCUCCUCAACGACAAUAGCGAAGUCGGAGCACUGGGGCAACACUACCUCGAGGCCAAGCAGCAGCUUCUCGAGAUCUUCAAUAGGGGAAGGUGGACUCGGGACGGACAGAGCGAAGACAACCAGGCUAGCCUCGCGCGCAUCCCAAAUCAGGAAUUAAUCACAGUGAAGCUGUCGCAAUGGUGCAGUGGUGAAGCGAUCGCGACGGCAAUCAGCAAGGUUGCGACCGAAAGUGAAGCCACAAUUCUGAUGGAACGACUGUCUGACAUCGUCAGAGGGGGCAAUUUGGAACACUAUGAAGUAACGACUCUCACGAACAUCAAGUCUAGUCUGACAGAACGCAUGAAAGCGUGGCAAAGUCCGAAUCCAUUUAGGCGCCGCUUAGUGUACAGCUCCAGCAAGGGGAACGACCGUCCACCACCUGACAUGAAUGCUGCGAAUCGAGCGCAGUCUCUCCACAACUCCGCCACCGAGGUGCUUAGAGAGAGCAAGAAGAAGCAUCUGUCAAGAAGUGAGGUGGAGGCAGACGUGUGGAAGUUGGGAGACGUUUCUCGCAAAGCGCUGGGACAUGGGCCACUCCAAAAGCUAGACAGUGUCUCCGACUCUGAGACCGGUGCAUCUGAGUCGGGGACCUGGGCAUCUGAGUCGGGGACCAGGACAUCCGACUCGGAGACCAAGACCAACGCAUCUGAUUCAGACAUCGCGACCCUCGCAAGGGGUGUAUGUCCCGAGUGCGCUAGGAGUGUAUGCCCCGAGUGCGCUAGCUCUGAGUUCGAAGACAGCGCUCGACUGGUGCUGGCUCGGGAGACCCUUGGACGCGUGAUCUCCGACAAGCGUCUGGGAAUCGACAAGCGCCUGGGAAUCGACAAGCGAAAGGGAGUCGACAAGCCAAAGGGAGUCGACAAUCAAAAGGGAAUCGACUCAGAGACCAGGACAUCCGACUCAGAGACCAAGACCAACGCAUCUGAUUCAGACAUCGAGACUCUCGCAAGGAGUGUAUGCCCCGAGUGCGCUAAGUCUGAGCUCAAAGACAGCGCUCGACUCGUGCUGGCUCGGGAGACCAUUGGACGCGCGAUCGCCGACAAGCGAUUGAGAGUCGACAAAGAAAAGGGAGUCGACAAGCAAAAGGAAAUCGACAUGCAAGAGGGAAUUUCUCCCUGGGGAGCCCAUCUGUACGAGCAAUGCCGAUCCGUACUGGACAAAUACGUUGCCCAGUAUCCUAAAAUGCCCAGGGUCCCCCCGCCAACUAACAGCAUAUCCAGUCGACCGCGCUCUCCGCGCGAGGGCAAGAGGCCUGUUGAGCCUCGCGGACGUGGUAGGCCUUCCAAACGUAAGGCGAGAGAGGCGAUGCCAGGAGAGAAGCCGUAGACGUAGAUUAGCAAUGUCCUUCAUCAAAAUGUAGCGUGCAAAGAUCCAAUCAGUCUAA